AGAACACGACAAUGUAGGAAUCAGAUUUUUCUAUUUUUGUUCCGUUUUUAUUUUCCCCGAAACAUUUUGUUGGGGUGAGUGAAGGGAGAAGAGUGUAAUAAAAAAAAAAAUGGAGCGGAACUGGGCAGUUCGUGAACUAUUGCCUGUUUUGACUGCUACUACGUCAUUGUAUGUGAAAAAUUUCGAGGGUGAAAGACGACGAUGGCGUUUGCGACUUCCGAAAACGGAUUACUUGUCGAAACCGUCGAAAUAUGUUAAUACUGCUCCUACGCCUGACACUUACGGCAUUUACGAUUCGGAUAUGAUCAAAUGUUGCUCUGUGAAGAUCACGAUCGGAAAUCCUUCUCCGUCGCACCAAAAUCAACAAGGGAAUUAA